AUGGCUUUUGUGGUAUCUUCUUCGUGGGGUUGCACGAAUGUCUGGACGGGUUGCCGGCGAGCGCUCCGCCGGGGCGCGACGUCAUUGCGAUCGCCACCAAGAGUGCCCGUCCGUGCACACAGGUCCGUGGGAGUGCCAGCGCGGCGCCCGCUACGAAGUUUAGUAUUAUCAGUCGAUGCUGGAGGCACUGCACACGCACGAAUUACGGACUUGAAUACCGUGCCAGUAAACGGGGGCCAGUCACUAGAGGACGAAACCGGCUAUGAGGCGCGCGCUGGAGCACCCGGAACACCCAGCGAGCCUCGUUACGAGGGGAGCGACUUUGGCGGCACCGGAGGCAAGAGCGGUGGCGGUGGCGGUGGCGGUGGUGGUGGUGGUGGUGGCGGCGGCGGCGGCGGCGACGAGGGCAGCUUCGAACCAUCGCGUCCGCUGAGCGCUGCAGGUGACUUGACUCGGUUCAUGGAGUCGCGUUCCUUUACCUGGAACGACAUCCCAAAUGAUGUCCGUGAAGCGUUCCAGAAGGGCAUCAUCUCGGCUGCUGUGAUUAAGAACUACAUCUACGCCGCAUCCAAUCCGGUGUCGCGUUUCCUGAUGAACCGAACAUCGCGCGGGAUGCGUGAGCGAUUCCUCGCAGAUAACCUCUUCCUCACCAAAAUUUUGAUAGAAGAAGGUCUAGGCCUUUGCGGGAAACUAAGUGCCGAGUACGAGGUACGUCGGGAUCGCUUCUUCGAUGAACUCGACUUUGUCUUUGCGAACGUGCUCAUGGCACUGCUGGCAGACUUUGCGCUUGUCUACUUCCCGGCACCUUCGGUGAAACUGAAUCCCGCCAUGGCAACUUCAAGUCCUUUUGGGUCAGUUGGUCGCAUCGUCUCCAAUUAUACAAACGGAAUGCCUUCGAAUAUCUUCCAAGUAGAUCGUCCAUAUACAUUGCAGCAGCGCAUUGCAUGCUAUCUGUUCAAAGCCACGCAGUUGUUCGUUACGGGUACUGCUUGCGCGGCGAUCGGGGUUUCCGUCACCAACGUACUCCUGUCGGUACGUCAAAUGCUGGAUCCCGAGUUUGUUCCGCAGAACCCCAAGAGUAACGUCCUCUUUACCUCUAUCAUGUACGGUUUGUUCUUGGGACUGAGUUCGAGUACUCGUUACCAGUUAGUGAAUGGAAUCGAAAUCCACAUCUUCCCGAAAAUCCUCGGAAAUUCGCCUCGUUUUGUUGAGGGCGUAGCCACCUACCUGCUGCGCUGGGGAAAUACGUUUUGGGGUAGUCAGCAGUGGGCGCUCUGGGCGAGGUUUACCGGCGCUCAGAAAUCUGGGAAGCACUAA